AUGAGUGAUUGUCUGGAGUCCAAAUCGUUGUAUUCUGAGAGCAAGAAAGAAGGGAUGAGAGAGAGAUAUGGAGAAAUCCAUGUCUCGAAGGAUGAGGCGCUCGUAUGUUUGUGGAAGGACUGUGGCAUUGUGUGCGACAAUGCAGAGGUCUUGUACAAUCACCUGUGUAAUACCCACGUCGGUCGUAUAAGCAAAAAUAACUUAUGUUUGACCUGUCAUUGGGAUAAUUGUAACGCAAGUUAUGGAAAGCGUGAUCAUAUCACCAGUCAUAUUCGCAUCCACACGCCACUCAAACCAUAUUCUUGUUCUGUGUGUGGGAAAAGCUUCAAGAGGACGCAAGACUUGAAGAAGCAUGGACGCACACACAUGAAUACUUCAAAUCUCUCUUAUGAGGCUGCUUCUCCGAAAAAUAUUCAAGGUAAAGCAUCAGAUGAACAGAAUAGUGUAUCCACGGUGUACCCCAAAUCGAUCCCGUCGCCAGAGGUCCUCGAAAAUGUUCCCACGCCAGCUUUUUCAUCUUUAUCUUCUCGUGAGUCUGCAUCGCCUACGUCUUCGCCAAAUACUAUGCGACCUUAUAAUUUCGGCUCGACGCCAACGUAUCAACCGGGUAUCGGACUCCCAGCGAUGCAGCCGCGUAUGAAUGAGUCAGUCUACCCGUGCUUGCCCCGAUGGGCUCCUGGUUACGCUUCUCAUAUUGCUACCCGAGUACCUGAGGCUAUGUCCACGCAGGAAAAUGUACAAGAGACGCGCUCUUUUGGAAAUGAAAGUCUAAAGCGGCCUCGAUCAGCCGUUUCAGACUUUUGGAGUGAUGUACAACGCAAGAAGAUGGCACCUAUGUAUGAUGAUUCGAUGAUGGAGCGCUUGGAUGAUCUUUUGUGGCCGCAAUUUUACAGCUUGAAUGAUUUGAAUUCCUGCUUAACUGAAUCUAUGAACGCAAUUCAAGGGAUUAAUGAAUCAGCUGACCCGCGAUUUUCUUCGGUGAUGAAUCCGGCGAACACAAACUUGCAAGAUAUUAAUGCAUGGCUUCUUCAGCUUGGUAAUAGUAUGUCUCAUGAUUUGUCGGCAAUGCAUGGCCAGCAAAGCAACUUUGCCCAGACUUUGUCGCAAUAUGACCUGGAUCACAUUCCUGGUGUAGAUUUGGUGUUGCCACCUGCUGUGCUGAAUACAAAAGACCAGGCAGUGGGGAGUGACGUGGGACCUGGCAGUAUGCCAGUCUUUGGCCAGCCACAAGACAAGGGAUUUAGUCCAAUCUACAGGCAAGUGCAACCGCUAACGCGAAUGCCGUUGGCACCGCAUGAGGACGCUGUUCAGGGAUAUGGCAACAACGCGAAUCCAACUUUCUCUUCGGCUCGAGGUCAUGGCUGCGAGUCAUACUUUGCGAAAGAACACUAUCAUGGUAGCAUGUAUCCCAAACUUCCCUCUUCAAGAGAAGAGAUCCAGACUUCCUCAUCAACGUCAACAGCCACAUCUAUGCCCAGGUUUAUGCCCAACGACGGUAUUAAGAUUCGUCAGCGCCACAUGCAGUUGGUUUUGAACUUGUUGCUUGCGCUGAACAAGAAUAAGUUUAUUCAUCCUGAGACGGGACAUGUUCUUCCCAUGGGACGUAUACCAAUGCUAAGGCGAACAGACACGAGAAACAGGUUAUCUACGAUGCGUCAAACACUGCCACUUUCGGCAAUACCACCAAAACCUACACUUUCGCAACCGACAAAUUCUCGUCCACGCAAUAUGGGUGCUACGCGCGAAACGAAACGAGCCACUUUACCUAGUAUUUCACAACUUCUUUCUAACGUGGAUAUGGAUUAA